AGUGCCUCCAUUGCUUGUUCGCUCUCACUCUCUUAAGCACCCCUCUUGCAGUUAGGUCUCGGCACCUGCAAACAGCUUCUCCGCCUCACUGAAAGCAUUGAGGAAAGUACAGUUUCUUUUCUGGUUUCUGAAAAGUAAGUUACUUCUUAAGAGGAUAUAACCGUAUAAGAGGUUCUGGAAUUAAAGGAAAAUGGGGAAGAAGGCAAAGAAAGAAAGGGAUGGUUAUAAAAAGGAUGCAUCCAGGUCCGCCACUGAUGAGACUGGAAAAUUUAAGAGAUCUUUCAUGUAUCACAAUAAUUCAGAUUCACAAGCACCGCUUAUCAGGAAACAGGUGGAGCCUGAAACAGCAAAAUACUUUUCGGAGAUUGCAGACCUUUUUGAAAGCCAAGGAGUAGAUGUGGAGGAACGGUCGGUUAUAUGUGGUAAUGCUCUUGAAGAAGCUAGGGGGAAGGAAUUAGAACUAGCAACAGAUUAUAUCAUAAGUAAUACUCUUGAGACUCUACUCGAUGGCUGUAAUGUGGACAAUCUUUGUAGUUUUCUUCAAGGCUGUGCGAACGUCUUUCCUGCUAUUGCAAUGGAUAGAUCUGGUUCUCAUGUUGCUGAGACAGCUUUUAAGUCAUUAGCCAGGCAUGUUCAGGACACAGAGGCAUACACCAUAAUUGAAGAGACUCUGGAAAUGAUAUGCAAGGUGAUUGUUGUCAACCCUGUUGAUCUAAUGUGCAACUGCUAUGGAUCUCAUGUUCUUCGAAGCUUUCUCUGUCUCUGUAAAGGAGUACCACUGGACUCCUCGGAGUUUCAUGGAACCAAGGGAUCAAAAGCACUAGCGGAGAGGUUAAAUUUCAAAGUGUCUCACUUAGAUGGGAAUGAUUCCUGGCAAUUUCAGCAAGGAUUUCCAAAUUUAUUGAAACUCCUUGUAUCUGGGAUGGUAAACUGUACAAUGGAAGACAUGAAAAGCAUACUACUUGAUCAGUAUAGCAGUUUAGUUCUGCAGACAGCUUUGAAGUUAUUAGCUGGGGAUGAUCAAGAAUUACUGCAAAUGAUUCCAGUUAUUCUUGGUUGCAACAAGCUAGAUUUAGUGAAGGGAAAGUUCAUUGACACGAUCAUUGUUGGUGAAACUGUAGAAGCAAUGAAGGAAACUGCAUUUAGUCAUCUAAUGGAAGUAAUUUUGGAAGUUGCACCUGAAAGCCUCUAUAAUGAUAUGUUCACAAAGCUUUUGAAGAAUUCAUUGUUUGAGCUUUCAUCCCAUCAUUGUGGAAACUUUGUUGUGCAAGCGUUAAUUUCCCAUGCAAGAACUAAAGAUCAAAUUGAGAUGAUCUGGGAAGAGCUUGGGUUGAAAUUUGCGGAUCUUCUCGAAAUGGGGAGAUCAGGAAUUAUUGCAUCUCUUAUUGCUGCAUGUCAAAGGCUUCAAACUCAUGAAUAUAAGUGUUGCGAGGCUCUUACUACUGCUGUUGGCUCAAAAGAAGAGAAUUCCAAGUUCAUUGUUCCUCGCAUACUGUUCCUCGACAGUUACUUCAGCCAUCAUGACAAGUCUUGUUGGAACUGGCCUGUUGGUGCUAAGAUUCAUGUCAUGGGUUCUUUGAUUCUGCAGGCUAUUUUUAAAUUCCAAACUGAAUGGGUACAGCCUUAUGUUUUGAGUAUUACAUCCAUGGGAACUGAGCAUGUCCUUGAGGCAGCUAAAGAUGCUCGAGGAGCACGAGUUAUUGAAGCAUUUCUUGCUUCAGAUGCUUCCACAAAACAGAAGCGUAGAUUAGUUGUGAAGUUACGUGGACAUUUUGGGGUGCUUGCGAUGCAGCUCUCUGGAUCAUUUACGGUUGAAAAGUGCUUCAGUGCUGGUGGCCUGUCACAGAAGGAAUCCAUAGCAUCUGAACUGUUAGCUGUUAGAGCUGAACUCUCCAAAACAAAACAAGGCCCCCAUCUACUAAGGAAAUUAGAUAUUGACAGAUACUCUACCAACCCUGAUCAGUGGAGGUCAAAACAAACAUCAAAAGAAUCAGCUUACAAUGAAUUCUAUGCUGCAUUUGGCCCUACUGUAUCCAAAUCAACAAAAAACAACAAGUUCCUUUCUGAUGCAUCUAUGGACACAUCAGAGCUCGAAGAAUUGAGCACGAAGAAAGAGAGAGACAGUUCACUCACUUCUACGUCCAUGCUUGAUGAUACCUCGGCAGAUAAGAAAAUGAAAAAGAAGAGAAAAAGAGAGGGGGCCUCUGAAGAUGCUGUCAGCUCUAACAAAGCGGUUGAAAGGGCUGUACAAAAUUUUCUCUCUUCUGGUCAACCAGAUAAGAGACGACACGGAGCUUCGAAACAGAGACUGAAAAUUUGAGGUUCAGGAUGCUCUGCCUUUUUUGCUGACGAUUUUGGUAGCUGUCUUGAGGUAGUCAUUUGCGUUUGUUUCAUUCUCCGGGUUGAGAUAAAUUUCGGGUGUGCCAAACGUUUUUGUUGAGUAGAAACAUAAUCCUUCCUGGAAAAGUCACAAAACUAUUUUUGUAUCCAGUUAUUAUACCGAAAUAUUGCAGUUUAACAAUAGAAAUUGACGGAUUAUGGUA